AUGACCUGCAGCUCCAGGGUGACCCUGUUCCUCUGCCUCACAGCCUGGCUGAGCCUCCAAGUCUGACCAGACCCCGUGUUUGAAGAUGUCCUGACUCUGCAAUGCCAGGGAAGGAGGAAUGCAGUCCUGUCCCAGGUGAAGUUCCACAGGGACAGGAAACUCCUCCGUUUCUCUAAGGACAACCAGCUUCUGUCCAUGGGGACAGCAACAGUGAAGAGCAGUGGCCGGUACAGCUGUGCUGGGCAGGUGACCUCCGGCCGACAUGUGAACAAACGGACCUCAGGGACUGUCAUGGUCCAAGUCCAAGAGCUGUUCCUCUCUCCUGUGCUGAGCACCAUCUCCUCUCAUGAGCCUCAUGAGGGGAGCCCCAUGACCCUGAGAUGCCAGACGAAGCUACACCCCAAGAGGUCAGCCUCAGGGCUCCUCCUCUCCUUCCACAAGGAGGACCACACUCUGCAGGACAGGGGCCUCCACCCAGAACUCUGCAUCCCAGCAGCCCAGGAGGGAGACUCUGGGUGUUACUGGUGCGAGGCGGCCCCUGAGGGUGGUGGGGUCCAGAAACAGAGCCCCUGGCUGGAGAUGCGGGUCAAGGCUCCUGUGUCCAGUCCUCUGCUCACCCUGAGACCCAGGCCCACUGACCUCGCUGUGGGGGAUGAGGUAGAGCUCCUCUGUGAGGCCCAGAGGGACUUCCCUCCCAUCCUGUUCUCAUUCUACCUCAAUGGGGAGAUGCUGGGAAAUCGCACGGCCCUCCAUGGAGGAGCCGCCUCCUUCCUCUUCCUGGUGAAGUCAAAGCAGGAUGCUGGGAACUACACCUGCAAAGCCGAGAACAGAGUCUCCGAAGAGACAAGCAAGCCUGAGACCCUCUCCGUGGAUGGCCCAUCACAGAGCAUGGGGAGCUUGAAAGAGGGAGAUGUGCAGAGGGAGAGGAAUCUCUGA